GUGGGUCAGCGUGCAACAAAAGCUUCAAGCUGCGCGGACAUUCGUUUCACUAAGCGGUUUGAGUUCGAUUCGAGAGGAUCAAUUCAGAGUCGGUGCCAGAAAAGCCAUUCGUCGCGUCUUUACACCACAACCAGUUUACUACCAGGACCUUUUUCGGUUUUAAAAAUGGCGUUCCGUUUUGCCUGUGUUCUGCUCGCCGUGGCCAUGUGCGCUGCUCCCGCUUUCAGCUUCUCCGCCGGUGCUCCGGACGGUGCCUGCGGUGACAUGAUCCCGCAGCAUCACACCGACCCGCAGAAAUCGGCCGCCCCGUACCAGAUCAUCCUGUCGAAGAAGCAGAUCAAGGGAGGCGAAGGUGUUACGAUCACCGUCCAAGGUAACAGCGCGAAGGAUACCAUCAAGGGACUGCUGUGCCAGGCACGUGUCGGCGAAACCCCGGUCGGUGCCUUCGAUGUGCCACCGAACAACAACUACAUCCAGAAGCUAGACUGCGGCAACUCCAAGGCGUCGGCCGUCACACACAAGAAGAUUGCCACCCCACCAAACGCCAUCACCUUCAACUGGGUAGCGCCGAAGGGACUGAGCGAGGAGGCCCGUGUCUACUGCACGAUCGCGCUGAACGGUGGCGUGUUCUGGGUGAAGCACUCGUCCGACUUCCUGAAGGUGAACUAAACCGUGAACGAUCUCUGGAUACCCCGCUAGUACCACCGUCUACAUCCCACAAACAUCGGUCCUGGUGACCGGUGUGGGAGGGAUCCUACACAAAAUAUUUUUUUUUCUUGACGUUAGGGACGCGGAAUCCAAGGAGAUUUUUACUCAACUGGACAAUACUAAGAUUAACAACAAAUACCCGUUUUACCUGAUA